UAAUAUUACUCAUUCGUAGAAUAUUUUUCACAGAAUAUCUUUCUAUUUCUCUACUAUUACAAAAUCAACACUCAAAAUUCUGUUCAUUGAAUAUAGAAAUGGAAUCUCAUUUUGUAGACCACAUGGGCAGUGGUGAUGUCCUGCCCAUGGAACCCAAAUUACCUGAACUUAGUUUAAAGGAAUAUCGAAACGAACAUCGACUGGAGCCGCUGCAAAAGGAUCUCAAGUUGCCCAAGCAAAAGAACAUCGUCGAGGCACUUGAUGAAUUUUGGAAAAAUUCAGAGCAUUGUGAUUUCCUGGUUAGGAUCGGGGAAUACACAUUUCCCUGCCAGCGACUGGUUCUAAUGGCCUACAUAGAUUCUCUCCGUAAUAAUCCGGAUGUCUUCGAUUUGAAACUACCGGAGGACCUGGUGUCCCCGGACAUCUUCAUCACCCUAUAUCGCUGGAUGACUGACAAGGAUAUUCUUAUAAAGCGCUCGGAGAUCAUACAGCUUCUGUCGGUGGCCAACCACCUGAAAAUCGAAGAGCUGCUUCACCAAAUCUGGACUUGCCUGAAUUCGGAUGAAUUCUGUGAGCAUGGCGCAUAUCAAGUGGCCGAGGAGGUCCUACACUUCAAGGAAUUGAAGGAACUGCACUGUCCCCUGCUGAUGCGAAUCCAGGGCUUCUUUCUUACUUUCGUGUCCAGCAAGGAGUUCCUGCAACUAGAACCCGAAAGCCUGUGUUUUAUGCUCUCCUCGAACGAAAUUGCCGUCAACAGCGAGAGUGAAGUUUUUUACGCCGCCAUUCGAUGGCUAAAUCACAAUUGGCCAUUCAGGCUGAAGCACGUUACGGAGGUCCUGGAAAAGGUGCGUCUGCUGAGGAUGCCCAAAAAGUUGGUCAAGUUGUUGGAGUCACCGAGGGGAGAAUACCAAGUGGAUCGGGUGACUCAGCUAGCAGAGGUGAAGAAGAGCCUGGAGGAGAUUAGUUUCGCUCAAAUACUGAUGCAGCACAAUGAUGGAACGUCGUUGUUUGGCGAGAUUUCUGAGAUCUUUCACGUGACCGUGCCCCAAGCUCGAAAGUUCAUAUGUCAUGACCUGUCACCGUACCAUCACUCCGAUCCGAAUGUACCUGGCCGGGUGUUCAGCUACUCUGACUUCCUCAACUACCUGGCCCUGCUACAGACCCUGCCGCCGGAUACUUUGCCGCAGCUGCUGCGCAGAACUUGAUGAUGUGCCUGGAGGAUGAUGACAGCGAUCGUGGCAUGUGCAAGUUACACAGGACUCGCAUUACCCGGUCAGGUGUUCGUCGAGAUGUGAUUGAAAACUUUUAAAAGGGACUCUUUAAAUAUUAUCUUUUAUGAGUCUUUAGUGUCG